AUGUUGAAACCUAUCCACCCCGACUACCCGUAUCUGCAGGGUGAGGUUCUUUAUGGCAUUCGCCGGGAGUACGCAUGCACCCCGCUUGACAUUUUGGCUCGUCGUACUCGCCUGGCGUUCCGCGACCACAAGGCAGCAUCUGCAGUGCUGGACUCCGUGUGUGACAUCAUGUCGAAGGAGCUUGCAUGGGACGGUGCACGCCGCAGUGAACUGCGUUCCAAGGCGACUGAGUUCUUCAACUCCAUGGAGAUUCCCGUGGUUUGA